AUGUAUGGGGAUGAGUUGCGUGGUGUCUGUGUUAAUAUUCCAGAUUAUUUAGUUAAAUCUAAAUAUUCACCACAAAAUAUGAUUCAUUUUACAAAUGUUUUCGAAGAUAAAUUCAAGAAACUCACAUAUGAAACAGGUGAAGAUAUUACAACAUUCUAUGAAGCCGUUAAAGAUGUUCUUAAAGCAUGGAGAAUAGAAAACUAA